UUGAAUGCGUGUUGUCAUUUCAAACACGCGAAGAAGGACAAAAAACGGGCGCCAAUAGCAGCUAGGAGGCGUAGCUAAUCAACUUCAAGACGUUUAUUUUAACAAGGGGCGCUGAUUUGUCUUUUUAAUAGUGGCCACAUCUUUAUUUUUAAGUGUAACGGCUUUGUAACCGAUGUGGAAUUUUACUAUUUAUUUCAUACCUAAGUUAUGUGCUAAUUUGAAAAUGGCGGGCAGCUAAUAACAAGGUAGCUAACAGUAGAAUUGGGUUAACGUUAGCUGGUAACACAACAAUGGAAAACAGAACUUCAGACUUGAUCAAAGGCAGGAACAAACUGAGAUACUUCACAAACGAUGAAGGGACGGCGGUAUCACAGAUAAAGGAGGUGUUUUCAGUCCGUGACAUCGAUGAGUUCUUUGACGGUAUAUCUCAAACUAAGCUGGACAGUGGGUUUCUGUCUCCGUUACCCAAGAGCACACCAGGUGCAGGAGCAGAAGAGGAAGAUGCACCACAGGAAGCAGAACGUGUUGCCCUUCCAGCAGAUGACAAAACCAUAGGAGAAAAUGGGUUAACAGAUAAAGAGAGUUCUUUUAAAGAUAGCGUCCCAUUGAAGACGUCCAGCCCCAUUGCUGUGGCUCCAAGUAUCCAUGAAGCUGGAGAUGAAGAAAAGCCUUUGGGAUCGCCGCUGCUCCUCGCCGAUGACAAUGAGGAUCCCAUUGAAGGCAACAUGGACCACAAAGAGGACCUAGUCAGGGAGUCUUCAUUUGUUGAGUCCUCACUGACCCCACCAAAGAGAUUUACUUUGGGUGUUCGCACACAGCAAAGAGACAAGUCCCCAGUGUUCACCGUACUGGCAAGAAGAAACCAUGAACGUCCUGAGCAGAAGAAUGUGCCUGUUGCAUCAGAGAGCCACACUCUGAUAGGGGCUCAAAUGGAUGGGGAGUCUUUGAUGCAAACUUCAGUUUCAACACAGACUGCACAGUCUGUGGUUAAGGCCAUUAAGGAGUCGGACUCCAGCCUGAAGUCCUCCAGCGCGACUGAUGAACAAUCUUUCCAGAAGAAACUCAGAGAGUUCAUGGCCCCGAAGGUCACAGAGAGGGCCAGGCUCCCGGUGCCCGUCAGAGCCCCCUCUCCGCAGGAGCUGGACGACGACGACUUCCUCUUCCUGGAAGAUGAUGCUCCACUGCUCUUCAGCCUCAAGCGGAAGACCCAGAGCCAGAGGCAGACGAGCAAGAAGGCCGAGACCGAAACCAGGACUACCACUGGAGAUGGAGCGUCAUCAGAGAAUGAGCUUGGGACAGGGGGUAACACGGCUUCUACCUCAGAACCCCCACCCAAAGGCCCUGCCACCCACAAGAAGAGAGGCAAGCAGGGCAAACCGACUGAUGCUGGAGAGGGAGCUUCCACGGAGGCCCAUGAGGUAGGGGGUAACACAGAUGGGGUGGCCCCCGCAGAGCCUCCACCAGCGGCUCCAUCCACUCAGAAGAAGAGAGGCAAGCAGGGACAACAGACUGAAAAAGGGGCUUCUGGGGAUGCCCCUGGGGUAGGGAGAGAUCCAGCAGAAGCCGCUCCUCCCGAGCCUCCACUGAAGGCCCCAGCCGCUCAGAAGAAGAGAGGCAAGCAGGGCAAACCGACUGAUGCUGGAGAGGGAGCUUCCGCGGAGGCCCAUGAGGUAGGGGGUAACACAGAUGGGGUGGCCCCCGCAGAGCCUCCACCAGCGGCUCCAUCCACUCAGAAGAAGAGAGGCAAGCAGAAGGAAAGAGCUGCUACAGAGUCUCUCACAGCAGAGAAGCCUGAUGGACGAAUGGGCUCCACAGGGCUUAAGAGAUGUCCAGUGACCCCUGGGUCCAAGCCCCUGGCUCCUGCUCCUGCUGAUAAUGCAGUUCAACAGAAAGCCAGACAGAAGGGGCCAUCAAAGCAUAAACCUUUCCUGAGUACAAACAAAAAAAAGAAAAAAAUUCACAGCCGUUUAUCAGAGUGGUAUUCGGUCACCAGCUCACCAGACCGUGAGCACAAAUCAAACGUCCAAAUGAGCAAAGCUGCGUCCAUCACCGCAAGCCCUGAAAGCACUGGACAAGCUACUGAUGCUGCUCCGUCGCAGGCGAGCCCGAAGGCAAAAAGCAGACAGAAGGAGAAGGAAAGCAAGAGAGCAAAACUGGUGCAGCCAGAAGAGAGUGAAGCGGGAGGUGCUAGCCCGGCUCAACAAGACUCCCCUCAAGGAGGAGGAGAUUCAGAUGCCACUGGUGAGACUGAAGCUGGGCAGCAGGAGCUUUCGCUUGACCUCUCAGGGUCCUCUGCUCUGGGCAAACGCAAAAGGAGCAAGCCUGGAAGCUGGUGGGCUCUCAACCCAGACAAGGAGAAUGACAACGAUGCACUCGCCAGCAGUCCUCUGAAGAGACAGAAGAAAAGCAAAAGGGAAGACGGGAAGAAGCCGAAGAAAAUGGGAAAGGAGGUGGAAUCCCGUGAGGAAGACUCCUCCAGUGUUAUCGAGGAGGGCAGAAACCAAGCCGGGUUGCCGCAACAGCAAAUGGACAAAAAGGCUGUUUCAAAAUCUAGACAGAAAAGGGUCAAAGGUGACAGUCGACCAAACCAGAGGAAGCCCCAGACUGAUAAAGACAGACGCAGGAGGCCACAGGAGGAGGCUACUUCUGCUCCACCCAAUCAGCUGGAAGAGGAAGAGGAGGAGAGGAUGGCAGUGGCGGCAGCAGGAGCAGACUCUGAACAGACCGGGUCAGAGCUACAGGUCAACAUGUCAUCAGAGGCACCUGCCGAGCCAGCACAGACCUCAAGUGAUGACGAGGUGGUUAGCCGACCUGACGUCCCCCAGCCAAGGGGUAGAACACGGAGAGGCCCCAGUAACUGGUGGGAAGGCCAGCAGCUGCAGCCUCAGCCAGCUGAGGACAUCAUCCCGUCCCCUUCCCCACCACGCUCAUUCCCAGAGCCCAGGCCACGAGUCGCGACCCCCGGCAUGCCAGUGGGAGCACUCCACCAGAGGGCCGGGAAACUUGCCAGUGGCUCUCAGAAACCCUGCAACCAUCUCAAGAAGAACCCUGUGAGGAGACAGGCAGGCACUCCAAAAACUCGCAAAGGCUCCUUGACUGCCUUUGGUGCCAUAUACACGUCGGGCAAAACUGCCGUCAGGAAUACGGCCACUCGUAAGGUGCGUAAGAACUUGUUGAACUCCCUGGAGGACAGUAGCAGCAGGUCCAUGGAUGGCAGCAGUUACGAUCGGCUGAACGGUGACCACGUAAACCAGGAAGCCUGUGACCGAGUUUCGAAUUCCGUUGUCCUGGAGGCAGUCGUGCAACUGAAGAGUGGAGACCUGGUUCCUGCUUCAGACUGGCCCUCACAAAAUCUAAGUGCUCCUGGUUUAAAAAGCGGACCUUCCUCAAUGGUUGAACUUAGAAGCUUUGAGGAGGAAGAGGACCAAAUUGCAGCCUUGCCGUCAACCUUACGGGUCCCGAUGGCUCUGUCAGAAGGAGACAUCUGCGGGCCGUUGCUUCGACCUUUGACCCUGGUGCCCGAUGACUGGCAGAACCUCACCUACUGGCUCAGACAAGUGUGGCGGACCAGUGUGAAAUACGCUGGUCAGGUCGUCACUGCAGACCACUUCCACUGGUACACCCACGAGGGCAGAGCCCUCGGCCACAAGUUUGACCUGCAGUGCACAACGUAUGCCAACGGCAAGCUGCUCCUGGGCUCGUACAUGAGGAAGCCAGCGCAAGUGGACCAGCACACGACAACAGUUUUUAAUGUAUAUACAAGUUCUGUGCGUGUUCAAAUCAAGGAUCUCAGAUCUGACUACAACCCUGGCCAAGCAUUCGUGGUCCCUCGGGGACAGUCAUACAGCAUUCGCAAUCUGACUCCAGUGCCAGCGAUUCUGUGGUAUCAUCGGAUGUUUGCAGAUCUAACAGAGGACUCCUAAACCAGUGCUACUCUCUGUACAGGAUACAGGCUGUCUUAAGGUGGAUCUUUUAUAUUUCCACCGCAAGCUUUUGAUUUAAGACCAGUCAAAGUUGCCAAGCAUCACAGCUUUUGUAUCGAAAGUUGUAGAUUCUUAAUGAUAAGAUUACAGUGAGCUCUAAGCUCAAGCUUUUGUCAUUUACUAUUUUAGUAAGAAAUCGCCGUAUGAAAAUGAUAUUUGUCUAAUGAGAGGUGUUGUGUUUUUAAAAAAAUAUUUAUAAAUAAAAAAAAAAAAAAGGUAUUUACUUCCAGCUUUUAGUCAUCCUACCACUAGGGGUCAUUAGACAAUCAUUUAACCAGAAGAGAUGUCAGACCUUGACGCUAUGCCAACCCUCCCUCCUCCUCUUAUUGAUGUAUAAUAGCACUUAACAACCCUGUGCGCGCAGGUUUUUCUUUUUGAUGGAGAAGUUACUUUGUUUUGGGUGAAACAUAGCGGCUGUAGCCUCUUUGGGCGUUUGGCAACUGAUAUUUUAAAGCUCACCCAAGAAACUAUAUAUGCAGCUUUAAAACGACUCCUUCAUCUUCAUCAUCUGCAUCUGUGCACUGCAGUUACUUCUCGGAAAAACCUCUCAUGAGUAGCUCCUUUGCGUAUGCGCUGUGCUUUGCACCAAUUCAUGCUCUUCUUUUCAGAGUAUUCCAGUAAUUUCAACUCUCCUGCCCAGUUUGCAUUUAGAGAUGUACUGUAUUUAUGCUUUCACCUUCAAGUGACAAAAACAGUCAAGGUGUGCUGUUUUAAUACAGUUAGCUCCAUUGCAAGGCUCCUCCAUUCAUUCCUUGUACCACACAGCUGUCACUUACCUUUGUGUUGUGUGAUGACCUGACCUCUCCGUGUAGAAUAAAUCACAUGGUCUUUAUCCUCUGGGUAAACAAUAUAGAUAGUUACAAUACUUUACUUUUAGUCAAGGUGGAGGAGUUACAGGCCAGGUCAUAGGUUACAUUCCCAUGGAAACAUAGAACUGAUAUUGUAUGGAGUUUCUGCUGUAAAGGUUCUUUGUGAUAAAUCCAUUUGUCAACUCGCUGUAAGUAAAUGUAACAUCUGCAUUGAAUACCCUCGAUUAAACCUGGGUAUCUGAGGUCAGUGUUGGUUUGAAUGAUCCUCACAGAGAGACAUGCAGGGAUUUGGAUAUUCCCACAAUGCCCUUUUAAAUUAUACAACGCACUUGUAACCAAACAAAUACGAAAAAGAAUUAAAUGGAAUGGUCAUGUAGUGCUGCUCAUUAGCUGCAUUUUACUAAGAACAUUUCCAGUGUAGUCUUAAGUGAUUGUCAUUUUAAUGAACUGAAUCUUCGUUGAAGAGACAUUAAACACACAUUGUACUACUCAGUCAUUCAAAUGGAAAUAUCCGAGCACUCUGAACCUCACACAUCUGUGAAAACUUCACUUGCGGACACGAGGGUGGGGGAUGAUCUGCACUAACUUCUGUGACCGUCCAGGACCACUUGGUGCCACAGAUGAUCAGUUGGUGUGCCCUUUCACUGUUGGUUUAACUCUUAAACUGUCAAUCCUGCCACCACUAAAUAUCUGGGCUUCCUUCAGAAAUGGGCAAACUGAGCAAUUCUCUAUAUCAGCGGGAUUAAGAAUCGCCGCUAUCCUCUGGUUUAAUGCUGUCGGAUAAACCUCUUCCUCCUGGGCUGGUGCCUGCAGGUCCUUCGUUCGCUUACCUGCUUGUCAAUAUUCCUGAGUAUGCCUGCUUAGGCUCUUAAAGCGAAUGGGCUUGCAUGCUUGCCCAGAAUCCUGUAAAUGUCUCCCUGAGGGCAGAGACAUGUCUGCAAACUUUGACUGUUAAGACGUGGUAUUGCACUGAGUGACUGAGUAGGCCCUGACCCUUGAGAAGGAGAAAACACAUACAUUAUUUAUCUGGUAGUCAGUGUGUGCACAUCACUGUCGGAGGGAAUGCCAAACACUAUCAGUGUAUCGAAGGUCAAUAAAGUUGAUUAGCAUUUGCGCUUCACAUUUAGGUUAUGUCCAGUUAAAUUGAUACAGAACCACCGCUUGAACCUGCCAUCUUUUAUAUAGCAUCAGCUAUAGGCAAUACAUGAAUAAUGAAAGUACUGAGUAUAUAUGAAAAGCAAUUGGGUGACUUGUUUGGAGACGACUUUAGACAGGCACUCACAUUUUCAAAUACAAAGAAAAAAUCAGGAUAUUAAAGUUUUUCUUGAUUGCCAAGGCACAUUUCUUGAAAGUAUGCUCCAUUUCCCAAAACUCUUAACACAAAUACAUAACUGCACACUCAUUUUCACAAUCUUCGGGUCAAAACCAAACUCAAAAUCAUGUAAUCGUACAUCU